UAUGGCAAAGCUGAAAACGGUCCCCUGGUCACACUGACUUUACCCAGUAAACAAAUGUAACAAGUACACAAAGACCAUACAACUUUUAGUCCAGAAUGCAGCCUGUCCAAAAUCAGAAGAAGCGAGCCCUUAAGGUACUUUUAGCACACAUGAGUCUUAAGCUUAGAAUUCCUCUGUCGUGAUUUCUGAGCAUUUCGCAUUGGAUAUUUCAGAGGAAAUACUGGGUUGGAAUCCGUGGCUUUAGCUCCGUCCCUUCCUUGGAAAGCGCUGCAAGGAGCUCAGGAAAAGGAAACGUCACAUUUAACACCAAUUACUCUUUGCUGUCCCCCUUCCUUUUUGUUGUUUUUGUUUGCGUGCCGCUGUUGCACAUCUUGAAACGUUGUAGUCAUCAGGUUCCUUUGAUCUUUCUUCGCCCGUCUGAAAUCUUUGACGGUAUUAAAAACCUGAAGACGGAGGAGGGUAUGUUGCAGAAGGAAAAUGGCGAGGGUUCGGACUAACGUGUGGAUGCUGGCAGUCCUGCUUCUGGCAAGGAAUAGUUAUUCGGUAGCCCAGGAGGAGAAGGAGGAGGAAAACACAGAGGCCAAACUUUCUUGUGAUGGGGCCUUCGAUCUAUACUUCAUCAUUGAUAAGUCUGGAAGUGUAAGAGAGAACUGGCAUGAAAUCUAUUACUUUGUUCAGAACCUGGCAAACAAAUUCAUAAGUCCAAUGUUACGUAUGUCAUUUAUUGUGUUUUCCUCUCGGGGGACAGUUGUAAUGAAACUGACAGAAGACAGGAAAACCAUAAGACAAGGUCUUGAUGCACUUAGCCGUGAAAUACCAGGCGGUGACACAUUCAUGAGUGAAGGAUUUCUAAGGGCAAAUGAGCAAAUUAAUCAUGAAAACAAUGCAGGUGUUCGCACUGCCAGUGCUAUUAUUGCGCUAACGGAUGGAGAAUUACAAGAAGCUCAGUAUCAUGAUACAGUGAGGGAGGCUGACAGAGCCCGAUCUCUAGGUGCCAUAGUCUACUGUGUUGGAGUUAAAGAUUUUAACCAAACCCAGCUGGCAUCAGUUGCAGAUAGCAUUGAUCAUGUGUUUCCAGUAGCUGGUGGAUUCCACGCUUUAAUGGGCAUCAUAGAUUCGAUUCUGAAAAAGUCAUGCAUCGAAAUUUUAGCAGCGGAGCCUUCAAGUAUAUGUGCAAAAGAGUCCUUUCAAGUAGUUAUAAAAGGGAAUGGAUUUUUGCAAGCCAGAAAUGUACAUCAUGUUCUCUGCAGCUUCAAGAUAAAUGAUACAGUAACCAUUAAUGAAAAACCAGUUGUUGUGGAGGAAACAUAUUUACUUUGCCCUGCACCAGUUAUAGAGGAAGUUGGACAAGUUGUGUAUCUUCAAGUAAGCAUGAACGACGGACUUACUUUCAUCUCUAGCUCUGUCAGUAUCACCAGUAAACACUGUAAUGAUGGAACGAUACUGUUGAUCGCACUGUUAGUCAUUUUUUUAUUGCUGGCGCUGCUGUUUCUCUGGUGGUUUUGGCCUCUUUGCUGCACAGUAGUUAUAAAGGAACCACCUCCUCCACCUCCUCCAGAGCCAGAAUCUGAUGAUGAGGAUGGUCUGCCAAAGAAAAAGUGGCCAACUGUUGAUGCGUCUUACUACGGAGGUCGAGGAGUGGGCGGUAUUAAAAGAAUGGAGGUACGAUGGGGAGGUAAAGGAUCAACAGAAGAAGGUGCAAAAUUAGAAAAACCAAAAAAUGCUGUUAUCAAGUUACCCGAGCAAGAAUAUGAACCCAUGGAACCAAAAAUUAAGAGGAAGCCAUCCAAGAAAAUGCCUCAGGAGAGAAAGUGGUAUUCUCCAAUUAAGGGUAAGCUUGAUGCUUUGUGGGCUUUGUUCCGAAGAGGAUACGAUCAGGUUUCACUGAUGAGACCACAGCCUGGAGAUAAGGGAAAGUGCAUAAAUUUUACAAGGGUCAAGGCUGAUGAAGCACAGAAGAACACAAACAAUUACUCAUCGUACCACUCAGAAGCUGAGUCUGUUCCUCUGCAGCAACCAUCAAACCCUCCUCCAAAAAAUUCUUAUGACCCUCCAGCAUAUUCUCCAACGAGACCACAGACAGCACCUCCUUCGAGAACUCCUCCAUCUCGCAUACCUCCUGGGCCACCUCCAUCUCGCCCACCUCCAUGCCUCCAGCUUUAAAUGUUUCUUGCAUUUACAUUGAACGAGGGGCUGCCAUAGUAAGGCAGAUAUCGAAGAUCUGUAGUACUGCAUUGAUGAACACUAAGUAGUCUAUCAUUAAUUUGCUCAGCAGUUCAACUCUAAUUUUUUAUAGCACAUUUUCCACUAAAGAUAUAAUGAUUCGUACUCAAGUCAGAAUUACAAGGACAAAUCUUGUCAUAGUCAGAAUAUUCACGAUGACAAAUAACUGAAGUGAUGAAUUUUAAGUAUCCAAGUAUAUGAAUGUCAACAUUUGCUCUUAUUCUGAUGGUUGCCUCCAUAUAUAACAUUUCUGUACUUCAGAAACAUCACAGCUAACCUUUCAAUUAUCUUCUAGGAUGUCUUCCUUAUUCAGAGUGUCACAAGAAUUCAAACUGCCAUUGGUGAUGGCCUGAUGAUGCUUGCUCUGAGGCAUAGGCUAAAUUACAGGGUUCUUCUUUUAAUGCUGUGCCUUUGUCUGUACCCAAGCAGAGACACAGUCUGUAAUGCAUGUAAUGUCUCCAUCAAUAAUCUUGCACACUGAAAAUCAGGAAGAGGAUAAUAUUUCUUACACUGUAAAAAAUGGGAAACCCAAACACUGAAAAGAGGACCACAGUUAGUAGAACUGGCUGAAUAAUUAUUUCAGUCUUUACAGUUAUUUGCAUUAGGACAGCAGCAAUUUCUGCUUUUGAAAUAUAGCAAGUACAGAAAGGAAAGCAGAUGUACAAUAACCACUCUACUCACAGAUAUACUAAAAUUCUGGGAGUUUUGCUCCCUGUUGAAAGCCAUUAGUUGUAGCCUGCUUUCACUGUCAUGCCAGGUAUGGAACUCUGUACAUGCAGUACAGCAUUUCUUCCCCUGAAGAGUUGUGCUUCCCUUAUUUCUGUGAAUGCCAUUUGGAAAUAGGAGAAUACAACCUCAACGCACUAUUUCUUAAAGAGAUAAUCAAGAUUUGUCUACUGUAAGCAGAAAUCUGGUACUCAGUUUCUGUAAAACCUAACUGAAUUUCCACAGAUAAAAAAUUCACUGAUAUUUCCUUAUCUUAAAGUAUUAAAAUAUAGCUUAAAUACAGAUGUCAGGUCCUAUCAUGAAUUUCACUCAGCUGAUGUCACACAAAUGUAUAUACAUACCUCAUUCAGAACUGCAUCCCAGGACACAGACUAUGACAAGAGUUGGUAUCUUCCUUUUCCCUAAAAACACAUAUUCUAGAGCUGUCAGCUAGUGCAGUUAAUUUGACUGAAAGUAGCAAUACACUCAUUUGGAAAACUGGAAUGAAAACUAUAUACGUGGGACACACCUUUAUGUUCAACUUGCAAAGGUAAACACAUAGAUACUACAGUCUUUUUAGUUAUAAUGUAUUUUCAACAAACUACUAUAGGAUGAGCAAUGCAAAAAUUUAUUUUUUUUUUUUAAUUUUGGUUUGCUGUACUUUGAAAGUCCCUCUAUAAAAUCACAAUCUGCUUUGGCUGAGGGUAAAAUAUUUAUUAAAUCCUGGGGGUUCUUUUUGUAAUAUGUAUUUUGAUUUGUUGCAGGUCAGCAAACAUAACUACUGUAUACAGGAUUCCAUUGAAUUGCUAUUUUAUCAUAUAUGUGUGUCACUUCUCAAAAAGCAAACAAUUUUACUCAUUUGCUUUAAGUAUAAAUAUGUGGAUGUUUUGUUUUAUUAAUCAUUAUAUUCUCAUGACAACACAAAAUAUGUUCUUGGUCAUAAGGCAGUAGCAUUCCCUUGUUUCAAUUUUUUGCAUUAAAAAUAUUAUUUAGCCCUAAGAUAAGUGAGAUUAAAAUAUUGAUUAAUACUUGUGUGAUCAAGGGUGUUCUUAAAUGAUGCAAAGUGAAAGUGACAGAGGUGUGAUGAAAUGAGACACCAAAUAUAGUUCAGGUAUGUGAAUGAUUUCCUGUUAAUUUGGCUAGUAAGACGGCUUAUUUGAUGUAUGUUAGACUGAGACGUGGGUGGAUGUAUUUUUAACUGGGUCUAAACUGAUUUUAUGUCAUGAGAGGAACUGGGAUUCUCCGUGUUAUCAAGCAGAUUUUUUUGUUUGAAGUCAUACAUUGUCAAAAAUAUGCAUUUAGAGGGUUCCAAAUCAGAGACAAUAUAUUUCUCCCCAAAACACUGAACAUUGAUCUCCUGAUAUGUACCUUAAGCUGCUAAGCUUGUACAUCUUUGAACUGUUAAGAAGUUUCCAGUAUUAUUCCUAUAAAUGUAAUCAUCAUCUGGUUCCCCUAUACAAAGCAUACUUGAAGGGCUGGGCUUUCUUCUCGGGUUAGGUCUUUUUUGAUGAAACAUGUUAGUAACUUUACAGUCAAUAAACUAAAAAUGCAUUUUUAAACAUUUUCAAAACAUAAGACAUUUAGAAUACAAAUUAUAUGAAUCAAUUGCUUGUGGAAUGCCAACACAAGGACAUCAACAAGCUUUACUUGGAUUAUUCUAAUAAAAUGUCCUAAAUAUUAUAAAAUAACAUAUAAAAUAUAUGGCAAGCAAUUUGCCAGGCAACAGAAUAUUGUUUUAAAUGUAACUGGCAAUCUUAAAGCUUACAAAUAUUUUUGCAUAACAUUUAGUUUGAAAAUUUGCCUGCCAUCAGUAGAAGAUAUAAACUUCCAAAUUAGUAAAAGAAGCCUGUUUGCAAAUGUUAUUUUACAUCAAAGCCGUAAUUAUAAUGGAUAAAAGCAAUGUGAUGGAUGGUUUAAAACCGAAUGUUAGGUAAAGAUGAGAAUUUACAAAAUCUGCUUCCUAAUUUGGAAAUUAUGUAUGAUGGGUGAUGUUAUAAACUGUUACAAGUUAACAGACAGGAUAAUGCACAUCGUAAUAUCUGUCUAGUUAAACUGUAAGAUGAGACGUUUGAUUUGGUAGCACAGUCUGUGUACGGAGACUGAGAAGACUGUUCAUUUUUGGAGCUAGAAACAACAAUGCCCCCCCACAUCUGAUAGCAUUUUGGCCCUCUUCCUGACUAUAGCAGUUAUGUAUGUUAUGUUCAUUUUUCUGGGCUAGAAACAACACUGUCCCAAACAUCUGAAAUAAUUUUGGCCCUCUUCUCUGCUAUCACAGUUACAUAUGCAGGCAAGGGGAAAAUACCUAUUGUAUUGGUAGUCAUUGCCUUUUGACUGUGACAUAUAUUGUGAUUCUGAUUAGCAUAGCUUUUAACCUACUUUGUUUUAAUAUGUGUUCAUUUAGUUAAGUGUUAUGUGUUAGCUUUUGUAAACAAGAAAACAUUUCUAUCAUAUAUUGCAUAAGAAAAAUGCCAUUUGUUUACUGCAAUCAUUUCUGUAUCACAAAGCUUUUUAUUGACUGUUCAGGAUUGUAGCAUUAUAAGUAACUUCUUACUGAUGAUUUUUGCUGUUUGAAAUACUGAGGUAUUUUCAGCUUAUCUAUUCCUUGUAAUAUGAUUUUACCUCUGAAUGCAUGCAUUUUCUCUUAACAGAUGCAAGCAGAGUACAUCAACAGCCCAAGGCUGUGUGACUUAAUUAUUUUCCUUCAGUAAUUAAUAUAAAAGUGUGACAAAAACAGCUUUACUGCAGGACAGUUUAAUUUAUUAAAUGUGAUUAAGUACACUGGGGAACUCCAUCAUAUUAUAUCUAAAGGGCAAAACCAAUGUUAUGGUUAAAUAUAAUUUUGAAAUUAUCACAGGUAUAGAUCCUGCAGUUUCAAGGCCAUGUGUUAGUUAACUGCUUGGUUGUUGUACAUGUUAGGUUGCCAUCAUUAUGUUUAGGUCCAAAUGGCUGUUUUAAGAAGCAAAUGGCAGUACAGACAGGCAGUAGAAGAGACAAUUAAAAGCUUUUUACCUCUAGCUCCAAAUAUGGUCCUGAUAAAUUUGACAGGAGGCAACUGCCAAUAAUUAUUUCCUGCAACAGAAUUUAGGUAUGGCAUUCUCAGGGCUGUUACUUGUUGACAUAACAGGCUAAAUUAUAAAACAAGUUUAGAGUAAAAUGUCAGCCAAAAUUUCCAACUGAAAUUUCCAGUAAGCCUUUUGAAAAUAUCAUUCUGUCAUUCCUGAGCUUACUUAUUCAUGAGUCGGCCCUAAUCUGAUAGCCAUAUUUUGUAAAUUGUCACCAUCCAUUUUACAUCUGUAGAAAUGAACAGUUUCAUCAAAUAGUGUGUGUUAAUAUUAUUUCUGCACUUUUGCAUAGCUGCAUCCCCUCAAGAAGCUGUAAAGCAUACAGAAAAAUAUUUCUAGAGCACUUACUGCAUUUUGUGAAGUGAGUGACAGAAAAGUUCAUGGGACACAUUACAGGUUUUAAUAGAUGUUGCACAGUUUAGUAAUUAUCUGUGCAGAAAUAUAUGCACGCCUAGGAAAAUGGUACAUCCUUAACGGAUUAAUAAGGAAAUGGUUUACUGGUUCCUACACAGUGCUCUUCCUCUAUAAGUUUGAAAAAAAUAAUAAUAAAAUAACUGGAAUGUGUAAUUAAGACAGCUGUUGCCUGUGUACUAAAACAACAGGUAUUUGAAGCAACAAGUACAUUAAAAUGAAAUAUUAAAUGCUUGAUGUGAUUUGUUUAGUUAUGCUGUCUUACACAUGGAUUAUAGCAAGUGGUUUAUGCAAACUACAUUAAAGUACAUAGCCCCUGACAUUGACUGAAAAAUAUUAAAAGGCACAUGGUUAUCAAAAGCUUCAGGUUCAGAUUCAUUUGUUCCCAGUCCAUCUGCAGCAGUAACUGAUGCAUGUCUUAGGAAAUCUAUGUAUGAAAAUCAGAAUAUUUUGGCAUUUUUCCUACAGUCCUCUCUCAUAAUGGGUACCUUUGUAUCAGUUGUCUGUUGCACAGCAUAUGUCUGUUUAAAGCUUAUGCAUUAGAUAAUCAUUGUGCUAGAAGCCUGGUGGCUAGUCAUUUACUUAAUGACUAUGGAUUUUGUGUACGAUGCAGAUUCUUUUACAUGAAACUAAACAGUUCACAGAAUAAACAUUUCUUUACUAUAUUAAACAGAA